UCUUUUCGGACUCCUCUCCAUCACUAUCAUCUCCAGAUGGUAUCUUGGAGGUAGGUGUGACAUCGACAGAGAGAGAGGGAAAGACAAACCCAGGCGGAGAGAGGGUGACCCUGCGCGGCGCGUGUGGAGCCUCCUCAUUGGAGCGCGUGGAGCAGGAGGGGACAGGAGAGAGAGAGUUCAUUUGUUGCCAUAGUGAAAAAGUAGAUUAACCACCGCGCGCAUGAUGCUCUGAUGGAUGUAUGAGGGAUGCUGUGCUUCUCCAGGAACAGUCACCUGUCCUGCAAGCAACGGUUGCACUGCUCCACCUGUCUCAGCUGUUGCAGUGAUGGUCCCACCUUGAAAUCGGAAGGAAAAGAAGAAAAAGGGAAUACAUUAAAGUUGUUGGCUUUUGCAAACUUGUAAGUGCCACGGGCCUGUGCAAUGGCAAGGAAAAGUCUUUUUUUGGCAGGUCGUUUCCUGUAACGCCGCUCUUCUGCAACUCUGAUAUUUUCUCCACUUUUGAUUCCAAAACGGACCAAGACGAUGCUUUGGCUGCUGGUUGCUGUGUCUAUUUGGGUGGGCCCUGAACAAAGUGACUCUGCCCAGUCCAACGAACGGCGAGUUGUAGCACACAUUCCUGGUGAUAUCAUCAUUGGAGCGUUGUUCUCUGUCCAUCAUCAGCCGCCUGCUGACAAGGUACACGAACGCAAAUGUGGCGCAGUGCGAGAGCAGUAUGGCAUCCAGCGGGUGGAGGCCAUGAUGCACACGCUAGACCGCAUCAACGCAGACCCGCUAAUCCUCCCCAACAUCACCCUGGGCUGCGAGAUCCGGGACUCUUGUUGGCAUUCAGCUGUGGCUCUGGAGCAAAGCAUCGAGUUCAUACGGGAUUCACUGGUGUCGUCCGAUGAGGCUGAGGAGUGGGGUGGCGGAGGAUCCUGGGGAGGGGGAGGAGGUGGGGGAUCAACUAUGAAAUGUGCUGACCCAUCCGCCACCCCGAUGCGGGGGAAGAAACCCAUUGUGGGUUUAAUUGGGCCGGGGUCGAGCUCGGUGGCCAUUCAGGUUCAGAACCUUCUACAGCUGUUCAACAUACCGCAGAUUGCCUACUCCGCCACCAGUAUGGACCUCAGCGACAAGAGCCUUUACAAGUACUUCAUGCGAGUCGUGCCUUCAGAUGCCCAGCAGGCAAGAGCUAUGGUGGACAUUGUGAAGAGAUACAACUGGAGCUACGUGUCUGCUAUCCACACUGAAGGUAACUAUGGUGAAAGUGGGAUGGAAGCAUUCAAGGACAUGGCAGCCAAGGAGGGAAUCUGCAUCGCCCACUCUGGCAAAAUCUGGAGCAAUGCUGGGCAGCAGAGCUUUGAUCGGCUGCUGGAGAGGCUGAGGGCCCACCUGCCCAAAGCCAGAGUGGUGGCAUGUUUCUGUGAAGGCAUGACGGUCCGCAACAUCCUCAUGGCCAUGAGACGCCAGGGACUAGUCGGAGACUUCCUUCUCAUUGGCAGUGAUGGCUGGGCCGACCGGUAUGAUGUGACAGAUGGCUAUGUAAAGGAAGCAGCCGGUGGAAUUACCAUUAAGCUCCAGUCUGCAGAUGUGAAAUGGUUUGAUGAGUACUACCUUAAACUUCGCCCGGAAAACAACCACAGGAACCCGUGGUUUACAGAGUUCUGGCAGCAUCGUUUCCACUGUCGACUGAAAGGCCACCCACAGGAGAGCAACAAAUACAACCGCACCUGCAGCAAGCGAGAGUCUCUUCGGCAGCAGUACGCCCAAGACACUAAGAUGGGGUUUGUCAUUAAUGCCAUCUACUCUAUGGCAUAUGGCCUGCAUAACAUGCAACGGGCACUCUGCCCAGGCUAUCAGGGCUUGUGUGAUGCCAUGCGACCUAUAGAUGGUGCCACUCUGCUGGACUUUCUAAUGAAAACCAACUUCACAGGCGUGUCAGGGGAGGGAAUCUUAUUUGACGUGAAUGGAGACUCACCUGGCAGGUAUGAAAUAAUGAACUUUAAGAAAAUGGGAAAGGACUACUAUGACUACAUUAAUGUUGGAAGUUGGGAUAACAGUGGCUUGAAGAUUGAUGACGAUGAAAUCUGGCCAAACAAGGAAUCUAUCAUCAAGUCCGUCUGUAGUGAACCCUGCGACAAGGGUCAGAUCAAGGUUAUCCGUAAAGGUGAGGUGAGCUGCUGCUGGACAUGCACACCCUGUAAAGAAAAUGAGUUUGUGUUUGAUGAAUACACCUGUCGAGCAUGCGACCUGGGCUCCUGGCCGACAGACGACCUCACAGGCUGUGAUCCAAUUCCAGUGGAGUAUCUGCGGUGGGGAGAUCCUGAACCUAUUGCCGCUGUGGUCUUCGCUUGCCUCGGGCUUAUGGCCACAUUCUUUGUCACUGCAGUUUUCAUCAGGUUCCGGGACACUCCGGUGGUGAAAUCUUCAAGUCGGGAGCUGUGUUACAUAAUAUUAGCAGGAAUCUGUUUGGGCUAUCUGUGCACCUUCAGCCUCAUAGCCAAACCCCAUGUUAUCCACUGCUACCUCCAAAGACUGGGUAUAGGCUUGUCACCUGCCAUGAGCUACUCUGCGCUAGUUACAAAGACAAACAGAAUUGCACGGAUCCUGGCAGGCAGCAAGAAGAAGAUCUGUACUAAAAAGCCGCGUUUCAUGUCUGCCUGCGCUCAGCUCAUCAUUGCCUUCCUGCUCAUACUGCUCCAGCUGGGCAUCAUCGUCGCUCUGUUCCUCAUGGAGCCACCAGAGGUGAUCCAUGACUACCCAAGCAUCCGCCAGGUCAACCUCAUCUGCAACACCACUAACCUGGGUGUGGUUGCUCCGUUGGGAUACAAUGGCCUGCUCAUCCUCAGCUGUACCUUCUAUGCCUUCAAGACCCGCAACGUCCCAGCUAAUUUUAAUGAGGCUAAAUACAUUGCCUUUACCAUGUACACCACCUGUAUUAUCUGGUUGGCAUUUGUACCCAUCUACUUCGGCUCCAACUACAAAAUUAUCACCAUGUGCUUCAGUGUCAGCCUCAGUGCCACCGUGGCUCUGUGCUGCAUGUUUGUACCCAAGGUGUACAUCAUUCUGGCCAAACCGGAGCGUAAUGUGCGCAGUGCCUUUACCACUAGUACGGUGGUGCGCAUGCACGUGGGCGAUGGUAAAUCAUCUUCAGCUGCCAGCCGUUCUUCUAGUCUGGUUAAUCUGUGGAAACGCAGAGGCUCAACUGGAGAGACACUCAGUUCCAAUGGGAAGUCAGUGUCUUGGGCGCAGACAGAGCGCAGCAGUUCUCGUGGCAACCACCUGUGGCAACGGCUGUCCUUCCAUAUCAAGAAAAAGGAGAAUAAUCAAACCGCCGUCAUCAAGCCCUUCUCAAAAACCUCUGAGGAGCGCUACUGCGGGGGGAGUAACCUGCCCCCACAUGUCCCUCUGCCCUCCCUCCCGUCCAUGUCCUCCCUGCCCUCUCAUCCUGACACCGCUACCGACAAGACGCUGUAUGAGCUGUCAGAAGCAGAGGAGCGCUACUCGAUCACGUACCGGCCGCAGACACCUUCGCCGAUCAGCACUGUCAGCCAGAGGCUAGGCGCAGGUUUGGGGGAGGAGCCUCAGAUGAAUGUGUUGCCAACGUAUCCGGGCAGCACCUGCAGCGGCGGCAGCGGCAGCAGCUGCGGUCCACCCAGCAGUGGCUCUGUUGUCACCGGUAGUGAUGGUCGCUUGGUUACGGUGGACGACCACCCCGGAGGAGCCCAGAGUUCACUGAUGGAUCAGAUCAGCUGCGUGGUGAACCGCUUCACGGCCAACAUCACGGAGCUCAACAGCAUGAUGCUCUCCCCCUCUCCGACGCACACACACAAACACACACCCCCCUCCCCUCACCCUGCUGACCCGUAUCUGUUACCCCGUGAGAUCCACAUGCCCCCCACCCUCACCACCUACGCUGAUGUCCAGCCCCUUCCACCUGUAGAGUCCAGCCUGGUGGGUCGGGGAGGCUGCCCCGUUCACUCUAUCCCUCAUCCUCAUUCCCCGUACCCCCUAACACCUCCCCACCCCCACCCCCACCCCCAGACCUCCCCCUCCCUCUCGCCGAUGAGAGGGGGCCGGGUCAGCUGCCUCACCGACUCCCCGCUCAGGAGGGAGGAGAUGGAAGAGGAGCUUAUUGCUUUGACUCCCCCGUCGCCCUUCCGUGACUCUCUGGCAUCCAGCAGUGGCUCACCUGUCUCGGAGACAGGUCUGUGUCUCCCCCCGGUCCCCUCCCACCCUCCCCCGUCUCCCCCCUCACCCAGGUACAGCAGACUGACGCUCAGAAACUACAGCCAGAGCUCCUCCUCACUGUGAGGCACGAGAGUGGCGAGUGAAGAAAACGCAGAAGUGAAGAGACGUGGAGUGGACACGGCUCAAUAUUAGAAGCAAAUGGAUGGACUGAAACCCCAGUCGUCCAGGAGUUACAGAGGGCUGGUUUGUGGGACACCAAACAAGUUUUUGUGUUUACAUGUUUGCAGUGAAAUGCAGGUGUAAGAACUGUGCUCACGUCAUAUUUACUUAGUGCUGUCUCUGACGAGUGAGAGGUGGCAAAGCUGAGGUGGCCACUCCUCUCAGUGGAUUGGCGUCUGCAAGGCUGGAAAUCAGUCUCAAAGGCCUGCAGGUGUGACUUGGGUUCGGGUAGUGGCCUUAAGGUAACAUGGCUAUCAACUAAUUAGAGAUUGUUAGUGUGUGUGUGUGUGUGUGUGUGUGAGUGAGAGCUUAUGACUACAUGAAAGAAAAGGGACUAGAAUAGGUAAGAUUUCUAAAGCCUGUGUACAUGUAGAGGCUUUCAAGGGCACAUAUACAGUAGAUUUGCUCACACACACACUCACACACCAACAUGUCUGAGCACACCCAAACAUAUACAAUGUAAGGGAAAAACACUGUAAAUAAAUGAGAGGUAAUGGAUUUUUCUUAAGUGAAAAAUUCCAACAUGCUUCUGACAAAAGUGCAUUGUGCUAACAUACCAGAAAGUAUGUUACUCUGAAGAACUUUACCAUAAAAAACAUCUUUUCUUUCAUUCCGCUCUUCUUCUUUUCCUUCAGCAUUGCUUUCUUUUCCUCAGUCCCUCUUUCUCUUGCUGCUUUCUUUUAUCCUGUGACUACAUUUUGUUUUUGUUUGUUUUUUUUUUUCAGAUGUUUGAAUGUAUAUUUUCUACAUGAUUCCAGAAGCAGUUGGGACCAAACCUUUUGUACCUCUCUGUCUGUGACUGGAGAAAGAGGGAGAGGAGGAAUUGACAAGACCUGGCCCUGUUUCGCUACAACAUCUUAGUCUUUAAGUCUCAUUCGUGUUGAUUAUUAGCAGAAAUCUGACCUCAGAGCUUAUUGUUAGUGUGUGACAUUCAACAGAGCAUUAUGUGGGGCUUAGCUUGAUCCCACUCAUGACAUUAUCCCCAUUCAACGUGUCAGCAGGACACAAGUGCCUGAUCAAAGACAGUGCUUUGAAUGGAAUUAAUUGGAAUCACAACCAUCUUUUAUGUUGAUGUGCAGAUAAAUUCAUGGUUGGAGGGCUCCUCUGUCCCCAAGCUGCUUGGGUCUGUCGUGUGACACACAGGUGCUUUUUACGGUACAUUAGUGUUGGGCUCACAGGAUCCUCUCGGCGGAGCAUUAAGACUGUCAAUUCACAUCAUUUGGCCAGACCCAAAGCCGUAUGCAUGUACAGAGAGACUUCAUCUGUGUCUCAGUUCAUGUUCUUCCAAAGUAACACUUGACAUUUUUAGCGCAGAAAUAGCAACACUGGAAAUUAAACCAAAACACAGGACACUUCUUGGUCCUAAGCGGUAGAAGGGGAGGAACCAUCACACUUGUGAAAACGACAACUGAAGAACUUCCACCAUCUGUCCUAAGUGUUAUUGCCGCUAAUUUAGUUAAUCAUGACAAGUUGUUGGCAUAGAUGGUGGUUUAAUUUCCUCCUUGUGCGAAACAAGGGACACAAACUGCAAGAAAACGUAAAAUCAUGUUCAGACCAAAAAAAAAAAAAAAAAUUGAAAUGAAUGUUUUUGGAGGGUAAAGUGUUGCAGAUGAUGCUGCUGCUGCUCCAUCUGGUUGCAAUUCACCAUUAAAAAGAAGGAUGUUGCAGUCAUCAUCUCAAUUUCCAGGAUGUGCACAACAGCUGUACUGAAUUUGAGACGACACAAUACAUGCACAAUACAAUAAAAUCAUAUUUUAUGCAUGGAAGUAUCUGAAAUGAGACACAGUGUAGGUCUCAUUUAUGAUCAGACUCUCCUAACAUAAGCAUGAAGGUCAAAUUUAGCUGAAAAAUUUACAACCAUAAAUGUCUGAGCUGGUAAAGGCUGCUAGUUCCUCUUGUUUUAAAAGGAAUAUUGUGUUGUAUUUAUAUGUGCCAACACUUGAACAGAAUUUUGGAGCACCCGGAGCAGUGCUGGGAUGUAAAAUGUGCCGAUGAAUGCAUUCAACAAGAUGCUUUUGAGAAAUGGGGCCUUGGCUUUGUGUCAGCUCUCUCCACAGAGGAAAACACUCAGCAAAGUAAAGAAAAAAAACAAGAAAAUCUAAGUCAGAAGUUUGGGAUACACAACACAAACAUAUUUUAAGGCAUUUAUGCGUAUGCUUCAGUAUACGUGACUACAUUACAGUUAAUUGGACUGUUGAUAUCACAGCAGUAGUCAGUGCUUCAAAAUGUUACCUGUAUAUUAUCGUUCAUGAUCUCCACAUUUUCAGCGGCAUAAGCAUUUGUCUGCUGUGACAGCUGACCAGUGCAGGUGUAAUCCAUCAUCUGACUUUUCCUCACAGGUGUAGUAUUUUUGUUCUACAGUAGCCAGCAAGAACAAACUCAGACAAAGUGAUUCUGUAAAUAAUAAGGGCAUGCCAAGACAGUUUAUGUUUCAGAUGAAAGUUUCUUUACUUACAUAUCAGCAAAGGAGAAAAAAAA